CUUAGCACGCAACCCUAUUUUUUUCCGCAGCAUCUAAGAUUCCCCCCUUUUCACGCCGGUAAGGAGAGGCCUGUCUGCAUCACCAUGUCUGGAACUGAAGACACCACCACCCCGCUCCUCGUUGACUCCGAGCCCCUCGAGUCGGGAGAGUACGAGAUUCACAAUGUCCAGACAAUGCCACGAAAACCACCCUACCUACGGGCUACAAUCAUCCUCACGCAUGCAGCCGCGGCUUUCUCCGCUGUUGCGCUCAUCUUCGAUCUGACUGCCAUCAUUCUCAACGGAAUCUCCCCUCAUGACGUCUACUUAUUCUAUAGACUCGAUGAAGGUGUACGGUGCUUGGUCAUGGUGAACAUCGUCUCGGUGAUAGCAUCCGCUCUCAACCUCACCCGCCUGAGACGUACGCGGCGAUCCCUCCCGCUCCUGAUCAACCUCGUCUUUGACGGCCUGAUCGUGUUCUUAACCUCGACAUACGCCCCAGACGGCGUUGCGCGAAACCUCGAGCAAGAUCCCAACUACUGGGGCCCCGAUGCAGAUGCUGUGGCAACGGCAACGGCACUUCAGAUUAUCGUGGGGGUCGGUAUGGGAUGUUCAUUAGUGGCCGGUCUGGCCCAUUUGGCUCUCUUCGGACUUCGCCUGUAUGGCUCUUUCAAGGCUGGGGCUUGGCGAUCGCCUCAGACCUGGAAGCUUCCUGGUGGGGAGUUGAAACUCGAGUUCAGUGUCAGAUUUCGUCGACAGGAGGGGGCAGCACCCGCUCCUCGGGCUGAACAGCACGCUCCUCUCAUUGAGUAGAAUUUGAAAAAAAAAAAAAAAAAAAAAAAAAAAAAACCCCUUUAUCUAGGUACCAAGAGAUGCAGAAUCGAUAUUCUGCAGCCCCAGUAACAAAAUAGGAAAGACACUACUGAAGAAUGAGAUACUCGCUGGGAACCCAAGAAUAAGGUAAAGUUUAUAGUGUAUUGAACAUAUUAGCUAGGGAAUCAGAUUGAGAAGGAGAAGAGUUCAAAUAAACGGGAAUAAAUAAUCCUUUGGCUCCUCCUGGCAGCAACCAAAAUUUCCAGCCUAGACACCCCCACCCUGUUUCCCAAUCCGCUGCGAAAAAAGCGAAAAGCACUAAAUACAAAGGCUAUUGUAG